CCGUUGCAGAAGCGACAGAGAACCGUGGAGGACUUCAAUCAGUUCUGCACCUUCGUUUUGGCCUACGCAGGCUACAUCCCCUACCCUGAGGAGGUAAGCGGGCUUACGGGAUGCAGCAUGAGUCCCCAGAACAGCACGGGGAGCACUCAGGACAGCGAUAGCUGGGCCUCGUCCCACUCCUCCGACUGCCAUGUCCUGACGGAUGACAGGAGGAGCAGGAACGCCGUGGCCCGGGGGGCUGUGGACAGCAGCCUGCUCAUGAGCUGCCCUGCCUUCCCCACCGGCUUCUACGAUGUCCGGCCCCAGCAAACCAAACGGAAGAAGCCACCAGCAAAGAAACUCAUUAUGGAGCAGGAGGUAGAAAAGAGGGUGCCGCCGAGCACCGGGAAGAGCUUUGGGGCAGAGCAGGACGGGGUGAAGGAGUUGGCUGCGCUGGAGGGACAAGUGCCUCCCGUGAAAGAGCAGCUCUUGGAGCCUUCCCUCAACCCAGCUGGGGACCCCCAGCCCAACUCCCUCCUGGAGGAGCUGAUGAAGGAGGAGAAGGACUGGAUGCACGGAGCGCAGGGGACUGAGAAGCCAGCAGGAGAUGAUCCUCAGCUAAAGGAGCAUGACCCCUGCUCUGGAGGGAGGAAAAGCCCCAGUUCCUGUAGUACCUUGGACCAAAGUGAAGGGGAAGAUGCAAGCAGAGGGAGCUCCCAGCUUAGUGAUGAUGAUGCCUGGGAUCUGAUCACCUGCUUCUGCCUGAAGCCCUUCGCAGGGAGGCCCAUGAUCGAAUGUAACGAAUGCGCUACCUGGAUCCACCUCUCUUGUGCCAAGAUCCGCAAAUCCAACGUGCCUGAGGUUUUCAUCUGCCAGCGAUGCCGCGAUGCCAAGCAGGAGAUUCGCCGCUCGAACCGAGCUCGGACGGUGCCCCGCAAGCGCUUCUGUGACUGA